AUGCUACUGCAUCCUGUUCCUUCACCGGACGCCUUAGGGCUGGACAAAGACCCGGGUCGGAGCUAUAUAUUAGAAGUUGUCCCUGAGACCCUGCCUUUACACGAGGCCACCAGUCUGCUCGAGCUGCAGCAGCAAGCUGUAAUUAUUUCUGCGGGCAUUACCUUCUACAAGAUUUCGAGUCUAUAUUCAGAGGCUGCUAAGCAGGUCUCCUAUCGGCAGCUGCUUGACCAGGCUCGCUACGAUGUGUAUUGGCUGCAAACCUCGGUGCCAGGCCUGCAGCGGGACACGGUGUUUCUGUUAUAUUUUGAUAUCUAUGAGGAAAAUAUCUGCUGGUUCUGGGCCUGUACUCUCACGGGCUAUUUGCCAUGUAUUGUUCCUAAGCUUGCAGUUUCCACUGGCCGUCGCAUGGUCCAGGCUAAAUAUAUUCUGCAGCUACUGGAUGACUUCGUAGUGCUUACCAACAGCCGUAUGGAAUGUGCCUUUCAGGGUGUCGACACCCCGUGUUUGAAUUUCUUAAUGUUUACUUCUGGCAGCACCGGCUUCUCCAAAGCCGUCGCGUUUGAUUAUGCUGUCAAUCUGGUCGAGAUGUACCUCCAGGCCAUGCUGCUUGAGGCUGAGCAGAUUCAGAUAGUUACUGACUGGAUGGUGGCCGAGCCCUGCUGCUUUCUUGACCUGGUUAAUCGGCAUCGCAUCUCCCUUAUCUUUGUUUCUAAUUUCUUCCUGGCCCUGCUGCGCGAUCUCGUCUGUCACCCCACGCCGGAGCAGAAGGCGCAGCCUAUCCUGACCUGGGACCUCUCGUGCCUGUGCUGUGUCUUCUCCGGCGGCGAGGCUACUGUGCGGCAGAUGGCGGUGCAGCUUCUCUGUGCACUGGAGCCCUACGGCGUCCAGCCCUUUAUCUGCUCCGGCUACGGCUUGACUGAGUCGUGUGCUGGCAUGGCUUGGGACCUGGUCGACCACACCGUGGAUGACCUUCUCCAUAAUACGGCGGGCGAGUUCAUGUCCUGCGGUCGGCCCAUCCCCGGUGUGGAGAUGCGCGUGCUGCGGGAGACUGACCAGAGCGAGGCGGCUGCCGGCGAGGAGGGCAUGCUGCAGCUGCGCGGUGCUGUAAUCUUUAACCAAUACUACUGUGAUGCAGUGGCCACGCGUGCGGUCUUGACCUCCGACGGCUGGUUUAUCGCGGGCGACAACGCCUAUCUGGACGCGCACGGCCGGCUGUACAUCACCAGCUGUUCCAAAGACACGCUCCUCCUCAACGGUGUGACUAUCUUUGCCGUCGAGGUCGAGAACAGUCUCGAACAGACGCGUAUUCUCGGUCUGAUUCUGAGCUUCAUGCUGUCCUACUGUGUAGUAUACCUGCCCAGCUACCUUCCGGACGAUGCCGCAGCCCGCGUUGCUACUACCGAAGCCAUUGAACGCAUCGCUAGUUUUGUUGUCCAUGUUACGCCCACCGCUAUACUCCCUCUUCUAUACAGCUACUUUGAAAGAACCUCUUCCGGCGCCCUCGACUCCGAACGCAAAGCCCACGAGACCAGUAUCCAAGUGUACUGCCAAGUGCACUGUCAGGCCCCAUCUUCGCCCACUGAGGAAAUCAUUCUUAUUCUUAUCUGCGCGCGUCUUAACACGGACCCAGACUCUGUCAGUGUGACUACCAACCUCUUCAGCCUGGGUCUCUCCUUGCUUGAUUUCUACUCCGUCACUCUGGACUUGCAGCAGAUGUUUGGAAUGGCCUUCACCGUCCCUGAUCUUCUCAUGGACCUGACCAUCGCCGGUCUCACCCACCGCCUCGCCUCCAAGCAACCCACCGCCUUCUCUCCAAAGCCAGAAGACAACACCCGCAAUGAAUAUGAUCCCGUUGUUCUCCUGCAACUCUCCGGCCCCAAAACCCCCUUAUGGCUUGUCCACCCGGUCUUCGCCUUUCAUAACUGCUUUAUCUACGCCUUCCGCUCUCGCGGUGUACAGCCCGGUGAGCCGCUCUUCGCCACCAUCGCCGAAAUGGCUGAUAUCUAUGCCGCCGCCAUGAAGCGCACGCAACCCUCGGGCCUGUAUGCUCUCGCCGGGUAUUUCUUAGGCAGCAGCAUCGUCUUCGAGAUUGCCAAGCGACUCGAGUCGGCCGGCGAGGAGGUAGGAUUCCUGGGUGUGCUGGACAGGCCGCCUGAUAUUGCGGACUUGGUGGGUCGGUUGACCUGGAACAAGAGACUGGUGAUGGUGGGGUAUUUCUAUAAACUGAUUGAUGAGCCGAGGUGCGUGGCGCUUAUGCCGGAGUUGAAAGAUGUGGAUGCGGAGCAUGUAUUGGAUGUGAUUCUGGGAGAGGUGAAUCCGGAGAGGUUGAAAGUGUUGCGGUUGGAUAGGGCGGGGCUGAGGCAUGUGAUGGAUAUUAUCAAUGGAUUCUCGCGUGCGGCUAAGGGAUAUACCCCUGGUGGGAGGGUAGAGAUGAUGGUGGAUGUGUUUAUAGUCGACUUUUUGAUGACGGUUACGGAUGAUCGGGGGUGUUGGGUGGAGAGGUAUUUAAAACAGUGGGAGAGGUUAUCCCGGAGGGGGAUGGUGGUGCAUCAGUGUGAGGGGAGGCAUGCGGAUAUGUUGGGAGCGAAGUAUGUGAAUGGGUUGCAGCUGGUGUUGAGACGGGUAAUGGAGGAGAGGGGGGUCUAG